AUUAUCGCGAGAGGAGAGCCAGUAAGCCGUCGACCCCAAGGUGGGCGUCCUGACCACUGGCGCACAGCAGACAGGCGGAGGAGAAGCGACGGAUCGGUCAGUCCCCUAACCCCCGCUCUGCAACAAGGGACUGCCUGAAAACCCACCAAAAGACAUGGAGUAUGUGAAGUUUGGUGUUUUAUUAUGGUUUUCCUGGGCACAGUUUAUUUCCAAUGCCCACUCAGCCGACAGCAGUCAACAGCCAUUUCCAACAGAGAAGUUGCUGGUCCUCACCGUUGCCACACAGGAGACUGAUGGCUAUCGCCGCUUCAUGCAGUCAGCCGACUAUUUCAACUACACUGUCAAGGUCCUGGGCAUGGGAGAGGAGUGGAAGGGUGGGGACGUGGGCCGCUCCAUUGGAGGAGGACAGAAGGUGAGACUACUGAAGGAAGCCAUGGAGGGACUGAGUGACCAAGAAGACCUGGUGGUGCUGUCUGUCGACAGUUAUGAUCUAAUCUUCGCAGGGGGACCAGAGGAGAUACUGAGGAAGUUCCAGGAAGCCAACCACAAGGUCCUGUUUGCUGCCGAGGGUUUGAUCUGGCCUGAUAAACGCCUACAGGACAAAUACCCAUCCGUCCGCAGCGGCAAACGCUUCCUCAACUCAGGAGGCAUCAUGGGUUACGCCCCGUAUGUGAACAAGCUCGUCGAGCAGUGGAACCUUCACGAGAACGAUGACGACCAGCUGUUCUACACCAAAAUAUACCUGGACCCUCAACAGAGGGAGAGUUUGAACAUGAGCUUGGACCACAAGUCUCAGAUUUUCCAGAAUUUAAAUGGAGCAAUUGACGAAGUUCUUCUGAAGUUUGGGACGGAGAGAGUACGAGUCAGAAACACCGUGUACGACACACUGCCAGUGAUCGUCCAUGGAAACGCCAACACCAAAAUGUAUUUGAACUAUCUAGGAAACUACAUCCCCAACUCGUGGAACUAUGAGAGCGGCUGUGGCGUCUGUGACCACAACAUGGUGGAUUUGUCUCAGCUCAAAGACUAUCCCACUGUGAUGGUUGGAGUGUUCAUCGAACAGCCCACUCCUUUCCUCUCUCAAUUCUUCCAGAGACUUGUGACCCUCGACUACCCCAAACAUAAACUUAACGUCUUCGUUCAUAACAACGAGGUUUACCAUGAAAGACACAUCCAGAAGUUUUGGGAGGAAAAUAAAGAUGUGUUCAACAGCUUCAAGGUUGUGGGUCCGGAGGAGAACUUGAGCCAAGGAGAGGCCAGGAACAUGGGCAUGGGGCUGUGUCGUAAGGACCCAGGCUGUGACUAUUACCUCAGUAUGGACGCUGACGUGAUGCUCACCAACAGACAGACCCUGAGGAUCCUCAUCGAGCAGAACAGGAAAAUAAUUGGUCCUCUUGUCACCCGUCAUGGCAAGCUGUGGUCGAACUUCUGGGGAGCGUUGAGUCUGGAUGGUUACUAUGCCCGUUCCGAAGACUACAUCGACAUCGUGCAGAGCAAGCGCGUUGGCGUAUGGAACAUUCCAUACAUGGCUCAUAUAUACUUGAUAAAGGGAGAAGUCCUGAGAAACGAGCUGAAGGAGAGGAAACAUUUUGUUUUGGAGAAACUGGAUCCUGACAUGGCUCUCUGUAGACACGCUAGAGAACUGACCAAUCACAGAGAAAAAGACUCCCCAAACCCGGAAACGUUCCAUAUGCUCAGAGUCCCAAAGGGAUUGUUCAUGUACAUUACAAACCGUCAUGAGUUUGGAAGGCUAAUAUCCACAGCGAACUUUAACACGUCGCACUAUAACAGUGAUUUGUGGCAAAUAUUUGAAAAUCCAAUGGACUGGAAGGAGAAAUACAUCCACCCCAACUACACACGCAUCUUCACAGAGAACUACCUAGAAGAGCCGUGUCCAGAUGUGUUCUGGUUCCCGGUCUUCACGGAGCGGGCCUGUGAUGAGCUGGUGGAGGAGAUGGAACACUACGGGUCCUGGUCUGGCGGCAACCACGAGGACAAGCGGAUUACCGGCGGCUAUGAGACCGUGCCGACUGAUGACAUCCACAUGAAGCAGAUCGGUUACGAUAAGGAGUGGCUGCACUUCAUCAGAGAGUUCAUAUCCCCCGUCACUCUCAAAGUCUUCUCCGGAUACUACACCAAGGGCUAUGCAGUGAUGAACUUUGUAGUGAAGUACACUCCUGGCAGGCAGGCAUACCUGAGACCCCAUCAUGACUCCUCCACAUUCACCAUCAACGUUGCGCUCAACAGCAAAGGAACUGACUUCCAGGGUGGAGGUUGUCGGUUCCACAGGUAUAACUGCUCUCUAGAUUCUCCCAGGAAGGGGUGGAGCUUCAUGCACCCAGGCCGUCUGACGCACCUCCACGAAGGCCUGCCCACCACCAACGGAACUCGCUACAUCGCUGUCUCCUUCAUCGACCCUUGAACUCUAUACUACGCCAGCAUAGGAUUUGAUCAGGUUUCAUUUUGUUUUUGUUUUGUUUUUGUAAUUUGAUCUAUUUUGUUUGUAAUGAUGAAGUGCCUUAUGUUGUACUUUAUAUGUUUUACUGAUGCCAGUUACUGUACAAAUAAAUAAAUAAAUAAAUAGUUUUAAAAGACAAAGGAAUUGUGGGUGAUGUCAUGCCAGAGUCAGACGAUCCCCUUAAUUUGAAACUCUCUGUCAAACAGAGUGUGGUGCCUUAAAGGGACGUGAUUACUUGUAAUCGCUGUCAGUCAGCGGUUUAGGUAAAAGCUUAAUUCUUCAUCUUCAAAUCACUCAUACUGUAAUAAUCAUUAUUUAUUAGUCAGCAAUCCAACCCAUACUCUUAAGGAAACAUCUAUGUGUUAAGGAUUAAUGCCAACGGGCAUUCCUGGCUUGUCUUAGCUGUUUUAAUUCAAUUACUUGUUUUGUAUGUUUCACAUAAAGUUGUCUAGUUUUGAAACCAUUUUCCAUGUUCUGUCUACACCUUUUUUGUUGUUGUAAACUUUGGGUUGCAGUUUGUUACCUGAUGCUAAUAUGACUUACAUGCCCAAGGAAAGAUAUUUUAAUUUUGGUAACUUUGCACACUAGAUAAUAAAAUAUAUGACAUCAGAAUUUAAUAUGAAAUCUGAAAUUCUAGUUCAAUAUUGUCAAAAAUAUUUUUACUUGACAUGAUUUUUACAUCGCAGGACAAUAAGUCGUUGAUGGCGUUUCGUUCCUGAGAUGUUUACGUUCUCUGAAAGUUGUUUGUGAAUGAACUUUGAACUUCAGUUCAAAGUGUUUAACUUAUUGUGAAAUUGAUGGAAAUUGAAUAAAAUAUGUAACAAAAAACAUGAA